AUGUCUGAGAGACGGCAACAACAAAAAUUUUUUCUUCCAUAUGGGACAUACAAAAAUGAAGAAGACAAUGAUAGUGAUAGCUCACCUCAAGGAAGAGAGAGAGAUUGGAAUUCUUUGAGACGACGUAAUUUUGGCAAAAGGACCCAUCGUUAUCAACAUGGUGGAUAUGAGCUUCAGCCUCCACACCUCCUGAAGGAUGAUGGAAACAUGGAGAUGAGGAGAGGCCAGAGGUACCCAGUCAGACAUACUCCCUAUGACAUCCAAUGCAACAAAAGAGAAAAGAAAUUGCAUAAUAAAGGCUGUACUGAUAUUACUGUGUGGAGAAGUAGAGAAUCUCUGGAAAGAGAAAUGGAGAAUCCACAAGAUGAAAUCACAGGAAAAUGGUUCAAGAUCACAAUUCCUUGUGGAAGAAAGUAUGACAAGACAUGGCUAAUGGAUUCCAUCCAGAGCCAUUGCAGUGUCCCCUUCACUCCAGUGGAGUUUCACUACGUGAAAAACAAGGCCCAGUUCUUUGUCCAGGAUGCUCGCACUGCCUAUGCAUUGAAGGAUGUCAGCUACCAGAUUUGUGAUGAGGAAAACCGGAAGAUAGUUAUCUUUAUCAACACUUCUGCUGUACCCUACUCUGUGCGGUUUAAGCUGGCACCAGAAAUAAUGGACCAGCUAGAGCUGGCCAUGAGAAAUCGAUAUGAUUUUUUUCAGAAAGCUCUUGACCUCGAGAGUUUCCUCUAUGAUCCAGGAUUUGUACACCUUGAUAUUGAUAUAAUCCUGAACAGAAGAAACUGCAUGGCUGCCACCCUGCAGAUCAUUGAAAAGGAUUUCCCUGAGCUGUUGUCUCUGAACUUGCGCAACAACAAACUGUACCAACUGGAUGGCCUAUCUGAUAUUGUACAGAUGGCACCCAGAGUCAAGAUCCUGAACCUUUCCAAAAAUGAGCUGAAAUCUAUCUGGGAGUUGGGCAAGAUCAAAGGUCUGAAACUUGAAGAGCUGUGGCUGGAAGGGAACCCUUUCUGUGACAACUUCCAAAGCCAGUUUACCUACGUCAGCGCCACCAGAAAGUAUUUCCCUGAGUUGUUAUGCUUGGAUGGCCAGGAUUUGCCCCCAACAAUUACCACUGAUAUUGACAGACCCUACUUGGUAAAGCCCUUAAUAAAGGAAAGCUGUAAAGGAUUAGAUGAUCUGAAGACUCAAGUCCUGCAAUUCCUGCAGCAAUAUUACUUGAUCUAUGACUCUGGAGACAGACAGAGUCUCCUCGGUGCUUAUCACGAUGAGGCCUGCUUCUCUUUGACCAUCCCCUUCAUCCAAGACAACCCAGCCACAAGCAGCUUGUUUGAGUACUUCAAGGUUAACAGGAAUAUGAAGAACCUACAGGACCCCAACCUGCGUUUUCAGCUGCUGAAACAUACAAAACAUGACAUUGUGAGCUCUCUCUGUGUGUUUCCCAAAACUCAGCAUGACCUCAACUCCUUCCUGGUGGACGUGUGGUUGCAGUCGGAAAGGAUGCUCUGCUUCUGUGUCAAUGGGGUGUUCAAGGAAGUGGAAGGAAGGUCUCAGGGCUCUGUGCGUGCCUUCACCCGGACUUUCAUCACUACCCCUGCCAGCGAUUCCAGAAUGUUCAUCAUGAAUGAUGAGCUAUUUGUGAGGAAUGCCAACCUGAAUGAGACUCAGAGGGCAAUCUCCAUUCCAGUGCCCACACCCUCCUGCAGCACUGUGCCCACCUUCUCCCAGGAGCAGAAGGAAAUGGUGCAGGUUUUCUCCAUCCAGUCUGGCAUGAAUCCGCAGUGGUCUCAAAAGUGCCUUCAGGACAAUGAGUGGAACUACAUUAAAGCUGCUCAGGUCUUCGCUACGCUCAAGACCCAGCGCAAGAUCCCAGAGGAGGCCUUCGAACAAAUCCCUUAA